AGAUCAAGUUGGCAGUUCCAACAACAGCAACCAACACCAUCCCAGAUCCAAUUACAACCACCACCACUCUGCCAUCAACCCCAAGUGAACAGAUGCAAAGGGUCUGUGUGAAGACAAAACUAAAGAAAAAGUGUCCCAUAUGCCACCAUCUCAUGCACAAGACAAAUUUAAAGAGGCACAUAGAAAGGAAGCACACAAGUAAACGAAAGGACAUCACAGCAACCUCCCACCUUCAGAAUGAAUGUAUUGAUCUGGAGAAUGGAAUUUAUACCGUCCACAAAUCAUUUCAUGGUACCAGUAUACCUCUGCAUGUUCAAAAUAAGAUAUGGGGGGAAAAUCAACAUGUUUUCUGUGAAUCCACUGAGUGCCAGGUGAACAUGGAGUUGGCAUGGAGGAGUGGGUUGAAAGCAUAUCAGUGCAUACACCUUAAGUCAAUAACAUACUGUUCAUCCUAUGCUUACUUUCCUGUACUGAGUGAAGAUACACUAACUGAAAUGGUGAAGAGCAAGUGGUUUGGUGAGGAUAAAAAGAAGGUUUGCCUUGAUCUGCAAAACCUUGCCAACAGCAACCAUGUACCUUUGUCUGUGUACUGCAAAAUUGGAAUGCCUCAGUCAGUGAAAUACAUCUCUAUUUAUGAGCCUACAGUGUCAUAUUACAGUCGAUUGGGAAGGGUCAUUGUGUCGUAUGACACAAAAAAAAAUUCAUGGCACUGUCCUUGUCAUCGGACAAAGAGAUCAUGCGUACACAAAUAUAUAGGAAAAUGGCACUUAUUUCAGACACACCGUGAACUUUUCAGAAAAGUGCGGCGCACUGAGGAAGUGGAAGUCCUAACAUCAGCAGGGGAUGAAAACAGAGAUGAUGAGGCUGAUCUGGGUGACAUAACGUAUCCACCAAAAGAUGACCAAUUGAAAGUCAUGGUCCAGUAUAUUCUGAAGAACAAAAAGUUACCUGUUGUACUUCCUGAACAUUUUCGGCUUCCAUCAGUGGAAAAGGAAUACCCAAGGCAUCUAAUUCCAGAAGAGAUGAUGUGCCAGCACUGCCCUGGCAAUGUACCCCUGAGUGACCUGGUCCUUAUUACACAAAAGGCGAAAAUCCUCACCAGCUCACGUAUUGUUCAAGAUGUUUCUACCUACUGUAAGUCUUGUCAUCAGUGUGGAGCCUACUUUCGCUACCAAGAGUGGAAAGAUGGCAUACACAAUUUUAAUGAUCGGAUACUCCUUGACCUCCCUUUAUGCAUAACUAUUAGGAAUAUGCUACAGGUCCAUACUGCUGUCAGCAGAGUGGUAGAGUAUUUGGAAAGGACUACAGGGGUCCAGUUUCCCUCAGCUGAUACGAUUAUGCAAGGAUAUCUUCACUUUGAAGCUCUUACAGAACAUGACUAUGAGUAUUCCUGCGUGAACUGUGGGGACCAUCCACCAGUUGUCAUCAUGGACCUCCAUAAGAAGGGGGCCUUCCAUUUGUCAGGUCAACAAAAAAAUCCAUUUACAGUCCCACCAAGUUAUAACUUUUGGGCACCGUGGAUAGGUCCAAAAACAUGUAGAUCAAACCAUGUCCUUAAUACGGAAUAUCAAAAAGUCCGUCCUCCAAAACCGGCUGAGGUCUCUGAAAUGACAGUAAUAGAGGACUGCCUAAGAGAGGAACUAUACAAGCAGAAGGUUCAGGUGGUUAGGAAAUUAUGUAAGGAGUGUGGGUUAGAUUCGUCUGGAUCACGAGCUGACCUCCUUCUGAGAUUGUCAAAUGAAAUGAAGUCAAGGCAGACAUACGACAAGGUUUUUCAAAAGAUCUGGGCUGCUUCAGGUGGUUGGGCUGUAAUUAUGUGCCCAUGCGGCAUUGUGUACAGCAUAAAGUGUAACAUUCGAGCAGAAAGCCCACGUGACUUUGCAGACAUGUUGCUUUCUUGGAAGCACAUGCCAAAUGUUAUCAUAUAUGACUUUGCACGUGGGUUAGCAACCCACAUGAAUCUUAGAGAACCAGAAAGUUUACCUUUCAAACCCUUUGAAGGACGGUUAAGCCCCCCAACUCCAGACAACCUAGCCAAAGCCAAAGAUGGGAAACUGAAGGUCUCACUACCUUGGCUGAAUUGUAAAAAAAUGAUUCCAGACCCUGAAGGCCAUCCAGUGACUGGUUCAGCAGAGCAUUAUGCUCUGUAUGACCGGUUCCACGAGGACAAUACGAAAGAUCCCCGUGAUGUCCUGCGGAAGCUUUGCACGGUCCCACAACUGGCUGGAAAAGUAAACAGUCAAGUUGCAGAACAGCUGUUUUCCAGAAUGAAGAAAAAUAAUUACUUUUUAAACAUGGCUUUACCUUCAACACAUCUGUUCCUUAUGAGGAAUAUUAUACACCAUCAUAACACGUACAGAAAUGAACAACGUCUAGGCAACAUAAAAAGGGCUUUUGGAAAUGAUGUCACAAUGAACAGGCACAGCCAGGCAGUGUUGGGUAAUUUUCUUUUUUUUCUUUUUAAGCAAUUCUGUUUUAAAUGCAGCACAUUUAUUGCUCAAUUUUGAAAUAAUUAUUUAUUUUUUUAGUAAAUCCAGUUUCCCCAGAG